AAGCUGGCCAUCGAGCAGGGGGCUCAUUCAUCCGCACAGACCGGCACCCAGCUCAAGUCACCCCCGAAACGCAAGCUAAGCGCGCAGCCAUGGCGGCGGCUCCAGAGCGGCCGCUGGCGGUGGACUUCGAGGCGCUGAGCUACAUCAGCAGCCUGGUGGAGGCGUUCCAGGCGUUCGACUCCGACAACGACGGGCUGGUGACGGCGCCCGAGCUCCGGGGCCUGCUGGCGUCGCUGGGCCUGGCCAAGUCGGAGGCCGAGGCGCGCGACAUGCUGGCGCGCGCCGACGCCGACCGCGACGGCCGUCUCAGCGUCGAGGAGUUCCUGGACGUGAUGAACGCCGGGGAGCUCGGACUGGGCGCGCUCGGGGCGGUGCUGCAGUCGGCGCUCCCCACGCUGGAGGCCGCGGGAGGCGCGCUGGUCGGCGCGGACGAGCUCGCCCGGGCGCUCGGCGCCCUCGGCAGCGCUAGCGCCGAGGACUGCGCGGCUAUUGUUGAGUGCCUGGACGGCGACGGCGACGGCGCCAUCACCAUUGAGGAGUUCAGGCUCAUGGCCGACCUGCUCUAGGUCUAGCUUGGAGCUAGCCCAGGCUGCGCACGUACGCACGCGUGGAACACCAUGCCAAAGGUUUGCUGUGUAGAUCGACCAUCUACUCAGAUCGACAAUAAUCAAACAAGAGCUACACGGUUUGUGUGUGUCUAUGCUAAUCGAGUUAUUGAACUGUGUGAACCUCAACUAUGUGUCUGCUUACGGUGGAAUCUAUUCAUCCA